AAUAAAAUAGGUAUGUUUUAAAAAAUAAAAUAAAAAUUAAUACUUAAUAAAUAAACAAAAAACACUUUCAUUUGAAAUCACUGUUCUUACACUAAACGAGGUUGCACGCUCUCUCUUUCUCCAGCCUCUCUUGUCUCUGACUCUGUCUCGCUCUGUCCUUUAUUUUUCUUUUCUUUCACUCACUCACUUCUUUAUCAGUUUGUUAACAAAUACCCAAAACAGACUUCUCUUUUUUCCACUCCUUCAAUGGACAGAAACCUCUCCUUUUCAUAAUUUUUCAAAACCCAAAAACAAUUCAAAAUCGUUGCUUUUUCAUUUAAUGUCGAUCACACUAGGAGCCAUAGCAGCUUCCAGGAGGCCAAAGUGGCAAUACCCACCGCCGCCGCCGACUCCGAGAAUCCUCCACUUGCCACGCAGGCCUCGCCGGAAAACUCCCAAGACGGUUGCCGGGAAACCCAGUUCGUCGGAAGCCAAGAAGGACCGAAAAGGCAAGCUGGAGACUCUGUUCGAUCAAGAACGAGCCUUUACAAAAAAUGGUAUUCCGAUUGUGUUGUUGGGUCAUGGAGGAAGGGAAGAAUUAGUAGUAGAAGGUAGUGAGAGGAGGAGAGAGAGGGUUGAGGAGAGAGAGAUUAAUGGUGAUAGUGUUGGGUUGGGUUUGGAGGAGGAGAAAUGGCGGUUUCAGGCGGAGAUGUUAAGGGCAGAGUGUAAUUUGUUGAGAAUGGAGAAAGAAAUAGCGGUUAAGAAAUUGGAGAGGACUCGUGUUAAGGUUGAAAGGGCUCUAAGAUCAGCUAUUCAAGCUCUUGUUUCUGAGAAAACAAAGAUAAGUGAAGCCACCAACUUGGAAGAAGAGAUUCAAAAUUUCGCUGACAAACUGGAGAAGCUCAGAAGAAACUUAGAAGUAAAGAGUUUUAAAACUCGAAAACACAACAAUAUCGAUAAACAAUCGGCUCCUCUACAAAGACAGUUGAAGAUGUUUAGAGCAACAUCAGAUGAGAUUUGUGUAAAAAAGAUCCAAGAGAUGGCAGAAGUAAGCAUGUCACUAAAAUCAUCAAAUUCUACAGUCAAUGAGAGCUUAGUUUCAAUUUCAUGUGACAACUCCAAUGUGGAGAUUCUGAGAAAAAGAAUGGAGGGAUUAUCAAAUGGGACUUUAUUAGAGAGAAUGAAGGAAGAGUGUGGUUCUAUGCUAUCCACAGCUAAUAGCUCAGUGGCAAGUUCAGCAUCCACUUCUCAGAGAAUUGAGUUUACAGAUUCAUCUUCUUUGUUGUUAGUACAACAAUCACACAAGGAGACAGUGAGCUAUGAAGAGAAUAAUGUAUGUUCUGGACGUUGUAAGGCCAUAGUAAGAAGAAUUAUGGAGCAGGUUCGAGCCGAAACAGAGCAAUGGUCUCAAAUGCAAGAGAUGUUAGGACAAGUAAGGGAAGAAAUGGAAGAGUUGCAGGCUUCUCGAGACUUUUGGGAAGAUCGAGCUCUGGAUUAUGAUCAGCAAAUGCAUUCACUAAAUUCAUCUGUUCAAGAUUGGAGACAGAAGGCUAUCUCAUCCGAAAACAAGGCAAAUCAGUUGGAAGCACAAAUGUAUUAUCUCCGAAAGGAACUAGAUAGGUCAAAGAAGGAGCUCGAAAAAGUCCAUGAAAGGAGAGACAAAGGGUCAUCACCAGCGAUUCCGGUGGAUGGACAACAUGAAAUGGAGAAGAGGGUGUUGAUUUGUAGGUUGAAGGAGAACAACAGCCAUCAUCAACAAAAGGAGGCUCCAACUUUAAGUGAUGGGCGAAGAAGGAAAUCACAGACAUGGAACAAUAAUGGAUCUUUUGGUUUAGAGAGAUCUCCUUUGAGGGAUAUUGGUAAUAAUUCAUGUGCCUCAGUCAAGCACCAGCAGCAUAGCAGAGUCAUCUUUCCUUUUGGUGCCAUCCAAAACAACUAAAAACUAAGUUUGGACAGUUCUCAUGUUAGUAACCUGCAUAUUCAUCAUCUGGGCUCCAUUUCUUCUCUUUUGAAAUUAUAUUAUUUAGUAUAAAGAUCCAAAUGUAUCUGAGUUCUAGUCUCGAGAGCAAAUGAACCAUGAAGAACUGAUAUGAAAUGCAGUUCAUAACAAGUAUGAAUAUCCAGAGGUUAGCUAGAAAUUUUCUAGUUAACAGUAAGUUUUGCUUAUUUGUUGGCUUACAUGUGAAUAUGAGAGCUAGCAUGGGAAGCAAUUUUACCAAUAUGCUCUAAUAAAAUGCUGCUAUAUAGUUCCAGAAAGAACCUUUUCUUUUUGAACUAUCCAGUUCU